UCCCAUCUGUCUGUAACAAACCCCCCCUUCUGAAACUCACGCACAAAAUCCAUGGCGCCACCAACAACUUCCUUACUCCACCACAGCGGCAUCUACUUCACAUUCUCGGCGCGUGAAUCACACUCUCUCUUCUUCAACUCUCACAAGUCCCUCCGCCCUUCCUCUAACAAACUUCCUCUCACUUCUCUCUCUUCACAACCGUCGUUGCCGUCGGGACGCCGGAGAACACUCGUCUCCACCGUACCGGUUGAGUAUGUGCCUCCAGUGCCGGAUUUUGAUUUUGGCAAUGAACUCGCGCGCCUCCGUAUUCUACGUUCCAGGCUAUCCACUUCCAAAAGUUUGCGAGAUAAAAUCCACGUGGUUGAUUCUGAUGCGAAAGUGAAGCGAUUUUUUAGGAGAGGUCAUCAUAAAAACGGAUUUGCUAGGGUUUUGGAGAAACUAAAGUUGGAUGACUACGAGUUGUUUUUGCUUAAAUGCACUGUCGCCGCGGGUCAAGAGCAUGUUUUAGGGCCGGGUUAUGAUACGGAUUCGGAUUUUAAUGGUGAUUUCGAGUCCGCUAGAGGUUCGUUAAAGACCGCGUUGUAUACUUUGGUGGAAAUUAUUGAAAAAUGGGAGGGGAAUGAUGAUCGAGAGAUUCAUGAGGAGGUUGACGGUGUAGCGUUGAGAUCGUUAUUAAAAACUCUUCGAGACGUUGAAGAGUUCUAUGAUUGUAUUGGAGGGAUUAUUGGAUACCAGCUAACGAUUUUAGAGAUUCUUUCUCAGUCUGUACAUGGAGAGAAGAAUAUUAAUUUUCAGCACAUAAAUAACUCUAACUCAAUGGGAUGCCAGCUUUUAGAAAUACAUCCUCCUAGUGUACUUGAUCUUUCUCAAGACACUGAAUAUGCGGCUCAGGCCGCUUUAUGGGGAAUUGAGGGUUUACCGCACCUUGGAGAGAUUUAUCCUCUUGGAGGCUCUGCUGACAGGCUUGGAUUAGUGGACACAGUCACAGGUGAAUGUCUACCUGCAGCCAUGCUUCCUUAUUGUGGCAGAACCUUGUUGGAAGGUCUUAUAAGAGAUCUUCAGGCUAGGGAGUUCUUAUAUUUCAAAUUAUAUGGAGAGCAAUGCAUAACUCCCAUUGCAAUUAUGACAAGUUCGGCCAAGAACAACCAUGAACAUAUCACGUUGCUGUGUGAAAGAUCCAAAUGGUUUGGAAGAGAUCGAUCAAGUUUCCAACUCUUUGAACAGCCACUCGUCCCAGCUAUUAGCGCUGAAGAUGGCCAGUGGUUAGUGAAGGGACAGUUCGUGCCUGUCUGCAAACCUGGUGGUCAUGGUGUGAUAUGGAAACUUGCUUAUGACAAAGGCAUUUUUCAAUGGUUUCAUGACCAUAGAAGAAAAGGUGCAACUGUUCGACAAGUCAGUAAUGUUGUAGCUGCUACAGACAUGACUCUCUUGGCCUUGGCAGGGAUUGGUCUGCAUGAAGGGAAGAAGCUUGGUUUCGCAUCAUGCAAACGAAACUCUGGUGCUACAGAAGGCAUAAAUGUGUUGAUUGAGAAAGGCAAGCCUGAUGGGACAUGGACAUAUGGCGUGUCAUGCAUUGAGUAUACCGAGUUUGACAAAUUCGGAAUUGCUGAUGGAUCUCCUUCUCCUAAUAGUUUGCAGACAGAGUUCCCAGCAAAUACAAAUAUUCUUUAUGUGGACUUGUCUGCUGCAGAGCUUAUUGGAUCAAGCAAGGAUGAGACGAGUUUACCAGGCUUGGUGCUGAAUGUGAAAAAAUCGAUCAACUAUGUAGACCACUUCGGGGUCCAACAUGGUGUUCCAGGUGGGCGCUUGGAAUGCACAAUGCAAAAUAUUGCUGAUAAUUUUGUAAAUAGUUUUUCCUCUCAAUGUUUUGAAGGUGUAGAAGAAAUGCUAGAUACCUUCAUCGUCUAUAAUCACCGAAGGAAGGUCACAUCGUCUGCCAAGAAGAAAAGAAAGCCUGAUGAUAUGUCCUUGCAUCAGACUCCAGAUGGUGCGCUACUUGACAUAAUACGAAAUGCUUAUGAUCUUCUUUCAUAUUGUGACAUCACACUCCCCAAGAUUGAAAGUAAUGAUAAAUAUGCUGAAUCUGGACCACCAUAUCUCAUCCUUCUUCAUCCUGCUCUAGGCCCUCUCUGGGAAGUCACUAGACAAAAGUUUCAUGGAGGUUCAAUAUCUGAAGGUUCUGAAUUACAGAUUGAGGUUUCUGAAUUCUUAUGGAGAAAUGUUCAGCUUGAUGGGAGUUUGAUGAUUGUUGCUGAAAAUGUCAUGGGGUCUCAGAUUGACAAAAACCAUGAGUCCAUACUACAAUAUGGUUACAGGUGUGCACGGUGCAAGUUGGAGAAUGUAAAAAUACGAAAUAAAGGAAUAGACUGGAAUUCGGAUAAAAAUUUAUAUUGGAAGCAUGAUGUUCAGCGGCUUGAGGCACUAAAAGUCGUGCUGCAUGGAAAUGCUGAAUUUGAAGCUGUUGAUGUUAACCUUGAGGGAAAUCAUGUGUUUGAAGUCCCAGAUGGUUACAAGAUGAUGGUCACAUCUGGAAAUUCAGGUUUAUCUGUACAUUUAAAUCCUAUUAGAAAGGAAUUUAUGGAUAGUGGGAGCUGGGUCUGGAAGUACAUCUUAAAGGGCAAACAUAUUCAAUUGGAAUUGGUGGAGUUCUAGAGGACUCAUGAGAUUGUUUACCUUUUGAGAAUCAUCGUUCACAGAAGAACCUAAUCCUUGUACCUGCAUGGUUGAACAGAAGUUAAACCCCCCUUCACCCAAUUAUCCUUGUAAUAGUAUAUGCACUAUGAAUCUAGUAUGACCAGUAGGGUCUCCUGUUCUUUUCUUGUAAGUUAUUGUAAAUUAAAUGUAAAAGCUGUUACGGGUAUUUCAAAGUCAAGUUAUUGGUUGGCAAUUCUUGAUUGUCACAUUAGUCUCUGUGAAAUACAGUUAUUUGAAGGUCUGGGGUUUUGUGCCCAUUGAUUGUAACCUGUUAGUUCUACCAUAGUCUAAUACAUGUUCUGUUAUAU